AUGCGCAAGGAGAGUGUCUACCGUGGCACCCUUCAACCUUCCCACACUUUCACAGACCAGCAAGUCUUCUACACAGCCGCAGCCCUGAGUAAGAAGGAUCAGGCGGCAGGUAUGUUCACGGUUCCUCGUGCUCUGCUGCAAUGCUCCAUCCCGGACCCCACUGUCGAGGGCGGUCCCAGGGACGAUUCGUGCGCCCCGUCUAACAUGGACGCGACGAGCCACGACGGUAAGGAGACGACGUCGAGUGAUACCGACGUGUGA